AUGGAAGUUUAUUCACAUUCUUCAUAUUCAACCUUGUUAAUCCCUUCCUUCCCUUCUCAUUCUUCAUUCUCUCCAUUCCAUUUCCAAAAUCGAAUUUGCAAACUCAACAACACUCUAAACCUAAUUCCAAUGUCUUGUUCAUCACUUCCCAUAAAAUCGCCGUUCAAUUUACCUUCCAUUUCCAGAUUCAACCGCGCACGUCGAACCGUUUUCAAAUCCCGCGCUUCGUCUUCAUCGGAUUGGACCAAUGCGUCCAAUCGAACCGUUUUGUUAAACUCUGGUAUUACUGUUAGUUUAGCAGUUGCUAAUCGCGUGCUUUAUAAACUCGCGCUUGUUCCGUUGAAUAAUUAUCCGUUUUUUCUUGCUCAGUUCACUACUUUUGGGUAUGUUGUUAUAUAUUUUAGCAUAUUGUAUGUGCGAUACCGGUUAGGGAUUGUUACUAACGAGAUGCUUGCGAUUCCGAAAUGGCGGUUUUUUGUUAUUGGAUUUUUAGAAGCUUUGGGAUUGGUUACUGGAAUGUCUUCUGCAGCAAUACUUCCUGGACCAGUCAUACCCAUAUUGAAUCAGACUUAUUUAGUUUGGCAGUUAAUGUUUUCCACUCUUAUUCUGAGGAGAAGGUACUCAAUCAACCAAAUUGUUGGGUGUUUACUAGUAGCUACUGGUGUCGUGGUUGCUAUUUCAAGUGGCUCUAAUGCAGGUCAGAUGCUCUCUAAAGUGGACUUCUUUUGGCCAGUAUUGAUGAUGGUUUCUUGUGCCUUUCAAGCUGGGGCUUCGAUAAUCAAAGAAUUUGUCUUUCUUGAUUCUUCCACUCGAUUAAAGCAGAAGUCGUUGGAUAUAUUUGUGGUCAAUUCUUUUGGAUCUGGGUUUCAGGCUCUUUUCGUACUUCUCUUCCUACCUUUAAUCUCUAACUUGAAAGGAAUACCAUUUGCUCAACUGCCUUCAUAUCUUAAAAGUGGUGCUGUUUGCUUUCUAAACAUUGGAGCUGAUAAAACAGGUUGUGAUGGUGCUCCCUUGCUUCCACUGCUUUACGUAAUUACCAAUCUGGCAUUCAAUAUAUCCCUGCUUAGCGUACUGAAGAGUUCUUCUGCAGUUGUUGCUUCUCUCGUGUUAAUGUUGUCAGUGCCAGUUUCUGUUUAUACUCUUUCCCUUCCAUUACCAUAUCUUCCAGAGGGAGGAACAACCUUGAGUCCAUUCUUUAUGCUUGGUUGUGCAAUUCUUGUAUGUGGGCUUUAUAUGUACAACACAACCCGACCUGCAAGAAAUAGUACAGAAGUUGACUGA